GAGAAUACUUCCUUGUGGCAUUUUCUUUCCCAUUUUCAUCCCCUGAUUGUCGCCAGAUGUAACACUCAUGCCGAAUGUCGAUACUCAAUCUGUUACAGAUAAUUCAUACACAUGUGUGUGGUGUGGUGGGGAUGAUGUGCGUUUGCGGUGUUUUAAGUUGAUUACAUUUGUUUGGCUUAUACAUAAGCGCCGGGAAUCACUGCAGGCUCUCACAGGAUACUUAUGUACCACGGAUGCCGUUCGUCUACCGUUCGUUUCGCACCAUAUGCACACACUUGGAUCUUGUCUGUUUCUGUUGUUGUACAACUAGCACGUUUAUUGUAUUUUUUAAUCCCUUAUUACAACUACAAAAUUAGUCGUCCAGGUUUUUAAUAAAGCCGGCAUUCAAAAGUCGAAGGAAAAUUUUUUUUAUCCAUAUCGAGUACCAGUAUUUUUGUAAUAAUGGCUAAACGAGCGAUUCCACCAUCGAAUUAUUUAGACCAGUAUUUAUUAAAAGGAUCAGAUUCACCGAGACUGCAGAAGUUAACCGCUGCUCAGUUCAUGGAUGUAUGGGCACAUUACGAUUCCGAUGCCAAUGGAUUCAUUGAAGGAAAUGAGUUGGACUCCUUUCUUCAUGAAUUUUUAGCAGCCGUAAUGAAUCUCCCAAAUCCCGAUACGAUCCCGAAGAAAACUCUGGAUGAUCUAAAAAGGAGUUUUAUGGAAGAAUACGAUGUCAAUGGUGACGGGAAAAUUGAAAUAAAGGAGUUGGCGCAGUUGCUUCCACUUGAUGAGAAUUUUUUUCUUUUAUUCCGCUUCAAUAAUCCUCUGGAAAGCAGUGUGGAAUUUAUGCGGAUAUGGAAACAGUUUGACAAAGAUUAUAGCGGGUACAUCGAGGCAGACGAAUUGAAGGAUUUCUUAAGAGCAGUGAUUCUUCGCUCAAACAGUAGUGCCGCACUGGAUGAUGAUAAAUUACUGGAAUACACGGAUUCCAUUCUGAGGAUUUUUGAUACAAAUAAAGACGGGAAACUGCAAUUAAGCGAAAUGGCUCAACUUUUACCGGUCAAGGAGAACUUCUUGAACCGGGCCGUUUUCAAGGCAAGAGGAUCGGAGCAGGGCCAAAAAGGCCAGAAAGGUUCACUUCGGACCCUUACUGCUCAAGAUGUGGAAAACGUUUUCGUGCUCUAUGAUAGGGAUGGUAAUGGUAUGAUAGAAAACGAAGAGCUGUACGGAUUAUGCAAGGAUCUUUUGGAACUCGCCAAAUCGGAGUACGACAUGGACGAUUUGGAGGCCUUUUAUGAUGCAAUUAUCAAGGGCUGUGACAUCAAUCACGAUGGAAAAAUCAACCAGAAAGAACUGACAAUGAUCCUCUUGGCCAUUGCUAAAACCGCCGCCGAGGAUGAGCAGAAGGAAGCUGGCACACCAACUGAAAGCCCUUGAAACAGCAACCUGCCGGCUUCAAUUUCUCACAGAACAUAACUUGCAUAAAAUCACGCUGGCAUUUUUUCCUGGCGUUUCGUUACCCCAAACAAUUAAGUGGUAUUCUCUGUGAACACAGCACAAAGUGCCCAAUCUCGUUCGAGCUCAAAUGUCUAUGCCCUUCUUUCAGCAUAUCCCCUGAGUGUGAAACGGGAGAGAAACCGUAUUGUGAAAGCCGUUGUUUUAUUCACAAAAGGCGUACUGGUUGGUCCUGUGACGGUGGCCUAUAUGGCGUACAUGUAACUGUAACAAAAUACAAAUUCU